AUGAAGGAUCUUGGUCAACUACAUUUCUAUUUUGGAAUUGAAGUUAUGUACUUUGAUGGAGGUAUUCAUCUAAAUCAAAGUAAAUAUGCCACAGAAUUGCUCAAGAAAACUAACAUAAUCGUAGCCAGGGCAGUUGGCACUUCACUUGCACAAAAGCAUGGUUUGCAUGAAGCUAAGGGAAGUCCUGUCAAUGCUUCAACUCCAAAUAGUGAGCACUUUCAGGCUGUAAAAAGGAUCCUCAAAUAUGUCAAAGGAACAGUGCAGCUUGGACUUACAUUGAUUGCAAAAUCACCUCUAAGGUUGUAUGGCUUUUCUUAUGCAUAUUGGGGAGGAUGUACUACAACAAGAAGAUUAACUACAGGAUAUACAAUCUAUUUUGGUGCUAAUUGUAUUUCAUGGGCAUCUAAGAAGCAGCACACAGUUGCAAGAUCAAGUGCUGAGGUUGAGUACAGACACUAG